UAUUCAAAAAAAAAAAAAAAGAAACAAAUGGUCAUUGCACGAUCUAAAACUUCCGUUCCUAACCGUUUCUUGAACUCGGUUUAAACCAAAAAAUGGAAGAAGAACAAAACAGGUGCCCGUCAUGCGGUGAGAAGAAGAAAGACACGGGCAAAUCCAAAAGGAAAGAGCUAGGACUGUCUUGCAUGUUGAACACCGAGGUAGGGGCCGUCCUAGCCGUGAUCAGGCGGCCCAUAGACCCCACCGCUCAAUUCAUCUCUCCCCAGGAAGAGCAUUAUGACUCUUCAAUUCAACAAUCCUUAAAAUCCUUGCGGGGUCUCAUUUUCAAUCCCCAUCAAGAAUGGCGAACCACUGAUCCUUGUAUAUAUCUCUCCCCAUUCCUUGAUGUUAUACAAAGUGAUGACAUUCCAGCUGCGGCCACGGGAGUGGCCCUGUCGGCAAUUUUGAAGAUUCUUAAACUCGAAAUAUUCGAUGAGAAAACCCCUGGUGCAAAAGAAGCAGUAAAUUUUGUUGUUUCAGGGAUCACAAGCUGUCGCCUGGAGAAAACAGACGCGGUUUCUGAGGAUGCUGUCAUGAUGAAGAUUUUACAGGUUUUGACAGGGAUCAUGAGACAUGAUGCUUCAGUUUUGCUCACGGAUCAGGCGGUUUGUACUAUUGUCAAUACUUGUUUUCAGGUUGUUCAACAAUCUGUAACCAGAGGAGAUUUGCUUCAACGCAGCGCGCGGUAUACAAUGCAUGAGUUGAUUCAGAUCAUCUUUUCGCGAUUACCUGAAGCUGGGGAUAACGAAGGGGAGAAUUCGGAAUCUGAAACUGAAGACAUAGACGAAAAUCCAGGGUAUGGAACUCGUUGUGCGGUUGAUAUUUUUCAGUUUUUAUGUUCUUUGCUGAAUGUGGUGGAAGUUGUGGAGAACGACGGUUCAACAUGGCAUACGGCUGAUGAAGAUGUUCAACUUUUCGCACUGGUUUUGAUUAAUUGUGCUAUAGAAUUGAGUGGUGAUGGAAUUGGAAAGCAUCCAAAGCUUUUGAGGAUGAUCCAGGAUGAUUUAUUUCACCAUUUGAUCCAUUAUGGGACUUGUUCCAGCCCACUUGUGCUUUCCAUGAUUUGCAGUACUGUCUUGAAUAUCUAUCACUUCCUUCGCAGGUUCAUACGCCUUCAACUAGAGGCUUUCUUCUCGCAAGUGUUGUUGAAAGUUGCAGCUCUAGGAGCUUCUUUGCAACUUCAGGAGGUGGCACUGGAAGGAAUUAUAAAUUUCUUCAGGCAACCAACGUUUGUAAUUGAAGCUUACGUAAACUAUGAUUGUGACCCCAUUUGCCGAAAUGUAUUUGAGGAGGUAGUGAAAUUGUUGUGCAAGCACGCCUUUCCAGGGACUGGUCCUAUGACAACUUUGCAAGUCCAAGCCUUUGAAGGACUGGUUAUCAUGAUUCACAACAUUUCUGAUAACAUUGACAAAGAAGAUGAUUCAAGCACCUCAGAGCCAUACCCGGUCGAAAUUACCCAGUAUAGACCCUUUUGGGUAGAUAAACCAAAAGAAGAUUUAGAAACUUGGGUGGAGCAUGUAAGGGUAAGGAAAGCACAAAAGAAGAAGAUAUUGAUUGCUGGGAACCAUUAUAAUCGAGAUGACAACAAAGGCUUGGAGUACUUGAAACAUUGUCAGUUGGUGUCUGAUCCUCCAAAUCCCAAAGCUUUUGCUUUCUUCUUUCGUUUCACUCCGGGGCUGGACAAGAACAUGAUAGGGGAAUAUCUUGGGGACCCUGAUGACUUCCACCUUGAAGUUCUUCAAGAAUUCACAGGAGCCUUUGAAUUUACAGGCAUGAUUCUUGAUUCUGCUCUUCGAACUUACCUUGAGACAUUCCGGCUCCCAGGAGAGUCCCAGAAAAUUCAGAGAAUCCUAGAAGUUUUCUCUGAGAGAUUUUUUGAUCAGCAAUCCUCGGAUAUGUUUGUGGCUAAGGAUUCGGUGUUCGUUCUUUGCUAUUCUCUCAUUAUGCUCAAUACCGAUCAACACAAUCCACAAGUCAAGAAAAAGAUGACAGAGGAAGAGUUCAUAAGGAAUAAUAGAUUAAUUAAUGGAGGGCUGGAUCUCCCUAGAGAAUACCUCUCCGAGCUUUUUCACUCCAUCUCAAACCAUGCAAUCACGCUUUUUGGUCAAUCUGGCGAAGUGGAAAUGAACCCAAGCAGAUGGGUUGAGUUGAUGAACCGAGCCAAAUUAAUGCAAUCAUAUGUCCUCUGUGAUUUUGAUCGUCGCCUGGGUAGAGAUAUGUUUGCUUGUGUUGCUGGCCCAACAAUUGCAACUCUUUCUGCAUUCUUUGAGCAUGCUGAUGAAGAUGAAAUUCUCCAUGAAUGCAUUGAAGGCCUGAUUUCUGUAGCGACGAUAGCUCAGUAUGGACUGGCAGACACGCUGGAUGAGCUGGUUGCCUCGUUCUGCAGAUUUACAACACUUUUAAAUCCUUAUGCUUCUGCAGAAGAAACCUUGUUUGCAUUCAGCAAUGAUAUGAAGCCAAGAAUGGCUACUCUUGCAGUUUUUACCAUAGCAAACAACUUUGGAGAGUCACUUCGAGGGGGUUGGAGGAACAUUGUAGACUGCCUCUUGAAACUCAAAAGGCUUAAGCUACUUCCCCAAUCUGUGAUUGAAUUUGAUGUUGCGUCCGCUUCAUCAUCUGAUGCCACAGAAGCCUUCAAGUCUGAGUCUGGAGUAAUUUUUCCUAAUCAUGAUCCUAAAUUCUCCAAGCGCCAGGCUUCUGGCAUGGUUAGUCGAUUCUCUCAUUUUCUAUCAAUAGAUAGCAUGGAAGAGUCUAUAUCUCUGGGCAUGAGUGAAUUAGAACAGAACCUGAAGAUUAUCAAACAGUGCCGAAUCGGGAGUAUAUUUGGCAACAGUUCUAACUUGCCUAUUGAGGCAUUGCUGAAUCUUGGGCGUUCUCUGAUAUUUGCAGCUGCUGGUAAAGGCCAAAAGUUUAGCACACCAAUUGAAGAAGAAGAAACUGCUGGCUUCUGUUGGGAUUUGAUUAUCGCCAUUUCUUUAUCCAACAUUCACAGGUUCCAGGUGUAUUGGCCUUCUUUCCAUGAUUAUUUGCUAGCAGUCGCUCAACUUCCUCUAUUUUCCCCAAUCCCAUUUGCAGAAAAAGCCAUUGUAGGCCUUUUCAAAGUCUGUCUCAAGCUUCUAGCUUCAUACCAAGUAGAUAAAAUUCCAGAGGAGCUCAUUUUUAAGUCCAUAAAUUUGAUGUUAGAUAAAGAAGUUCUUGACGUGUGUUGUGAGUACAUAAUGCAGUCAGUGAGCAAGAUUCUCAUAGAAUACCCAGCAAAUUUGCAGACUCAACUGGGAUGGAAAUCAACACUUCAUUUGCUGCAAGUCGCAGGACGACACCCAGAAACCUAUGAUCAGGCAGUGGAGACUUUCAUCAUGUUGAUGUCUGAUGCCUUCCAUAUAUCACGGAUAAAUUAUGCCUUCUGUAUUGAUUGUGCAUUUGGUUUUAUUGCCCUUAGGAACAGUCCUGUUGAGAAGAACUUGAAGAUCCUUGAUCUAAUGUCAGAUUCAGUGAAUUUGCUAAUCCAAUGGUAUAAAACUGCUCACUCGGAUCCAGGAAGUAGUUAUAGUGUUGCAAGCAAUACUAGUACUUCUUCAUUGGAGGAUAACUCAAAAGCCAUAGGGUCUAGUAACUUUACCGUUAAUUUAUUUAUCAAACUAGGGGAAGCCCUUAGAAAGAGCAGCUUAGCACGGCGAGAAGACAUAAGAAACCAUGCAGUUGCAGCUCUUAAGAGAGGCUUUGAAUUGGCUGAAGAACUGGAAUUUUCGUCGACCAGUUGUAUCAACUGCUUUAACCUUGUCAUAUUUGCAAUGGUUGAUGAUCAGCAUGAAAAGAUGAUUGAAUAUUCGAGGCGUGAAAAUGCAGAGAGGGAGAUGAGAAGUAUGGAAGGGACUCUUAAGAUUUCAAUGGAGCUGUUGACAGAUGUGUACUUACAAUACCUAAAAGUGAUUGCAGAGAAUCCAGGGUUUAGGACAUUCUGGUUAGGCAUUCUCAGACGAAUGGAUACAUGUAUGAAAGCUGACUUGGGAGAAUAUGGUGAAACAAAUUUGCAAGAAGCUGUGCCAGACUUGUUGAGGAAGAUGAUCAGAAAAAUGCAAGAGAAAGAGAUUUUAGUGCCCAAGGAUGGUGAUGAUCUAUGCGAAAUUACCUACAUUCAGAUACAAUGGAUAGCUCCUUCACUCAAGGAGGAGCUGUUUCCUGAUGAAUUUUGAACAAAUUGGAAUAGUAGUAAGGUUAGUUUCAAGCUCUAUCAGGCAGCAAACAUGUAGUGAGGGAUAUGGCUUUUCUUUCUUUCUUUCUUUCUUAUGACUUCCCCUCUUUUGUUUUUCUUGGGGUUGUAUUCUUCUACAAUUACCAUUUUCUGAUACAGCAUAUAAUUUCCAUUGAACAUUUGACAUUUAAUCAUUUAGCUUUUGUCCUCCAUUGGCCCACGCUCACAUGUCUAAUUGCCUUUGCUUUCAAGUUGAUAAAACUUAAAUCCCAACUUCACAUUAAUUUUCCUUCCCCUUUUCUAUGUAGUUCAGACAUGAGCUCUUUCCUACAUCAUUACAGAAGCUCAUUACAACAAGGCAAAAUUAUGAAGUCUUCCUAAUCGCCUUAACCGCUCUCUUUGACCCCACAACAAAUUUCUUUCUUGCUCCCUAUCUACUGAAGACCAAAGCAAUAAUUUACUAGACAACCACCAGCCAAACGAUAUAGGAGGUCCUUUCAGAGCUCGAAAACAACAGAAAUUUACCAAUCAUAGUUUUUGGAGACUAUAUAUCAGCAAAUACAAAAGCAAAGUUCCAUAAUCUGCAGCAGGGCCAGUGCAACUUUCAAUGAUCCUGGAAGCAGCAGAUUAGGUCUCUUCAGAAAACAUCAAACCCCCCGCUCUGUUUCCCACAUCCUUAUAAUUAAAAGCAGUUAAGAGAAUUACCAUAAGAGCCAAAACCAAUUUUCAUAGCUUUUUGUGAGUGCGAUAUGACCGACCUACAAACCUACUCAAUCAUGAUAAAUUGGCACGCAAGCAAACGGCAACCCCGAUACUACCCCUCAAAAGACUCAUUUAUAUAAAUUCUCACAUCCACUCUCAGUCGUCUAUGUUCUUGCUCUUUCACACGAUGCCAAGAAGAACAGCACAAGUUCUUGAGUCCAUCUAUCUCAUGAACACAGCCGAGAUUUUUAGAGAAUCCAUCAGGAUAAUCCUUCUUCAUCCUACUCAUUUUCAUUCUAUCUCCAUCUUCUUCUUCUCACCGCUUCCGAUUUCUCUUUUCUUAUCACAUUUUCUGAUUCACCAUUUGCUCCACAUUCCUUCCUUAACUAUCUCAGUCACAGAUCAUUUAUUUGGACAUCUCCUGCCCAAUUUACUCUCCAAAACAGUAGUUCAAAUCGUCAUUUGCUUCCCUUCUUCCAUCACCUUCUCCCUUCUCGGAAGAGCUGCCACAGUCCAAGCUGUUUCAGACGGUUACAAUGGAAUAAAUCUUGAUGGAAGAAGGCUAUUAAUGAGAAGCGGUUUGGCUUGGAUUAAGCUUCUCCACACAAGAUCCUGGGAGCUCCUUAUCAUACUUGGCCUCUUUGGAGGGUUGGUUGGUGGUUUAGCAGCAGCACCAAAGAUACUGUACGGGUUGGGAAUCUGCUCAACAGCAUUAGGAUUCUGGGGUGUACUAGGGCUCCUAGGCAUACCUUUCUGUGUGAUUUUUGCACAUUUAAUGGUCGUGGGAAACAUGGCAAACGUUAUAUCAGUGUUGGAGAGUGAAUGUUACGGACUUGAUUCACUAUGGAAAGCUAAAAAUCUUGUGGAAGGAAGACGGCAAACAGCCUUAGUUAUGGCUUUGCUAAGUAACAUGGGCUUUAGGCUAGUUGAGUGUUUAUUUGAAUUGAGAAUGUGCAUGGGCAUCUGUAUGUGGGAAAUACCGGUCUUGAUAUCCAUGUACUCUUUGGCACUUGUUUUUGAAACGGUCAUGAACGUUGUAUUCUAUUAUGCAUGUAAAUCUUGAGAAGAAAAUGUUCUGAUACAGAACUUCUUUAAGCA